CUGAACCAGCCAAGUGGCUCGCCUUAGCUCACUCAUCGGACGUAAUUUAUAAACCAGGGCGACCCCCACACGCAGUCUGGUAGACCUGCAGGUUCAAGGGCAGUCCCGCCAUGGCUAUCACAGCGUUAAGGGGCGCACGCCUCCCCCUUCUCCUAAAUGACCCCAAGCUUCCUCCCAUGUCCACUUCCUCGCGUUUAAGAAAGCUUAAUCGUCGGUUUGGCUCACCAUCCAUUUUCGUUAGAUAUUCUCAAGCUCAAGACAUCUCUACCCGCCUCCAAGACGGCGUUAAUAACUUGCCCAAGCUGGUGGAAGACAUUGUCCGAGCAUCAAUUAACACAGGGCCUAGGGGAGCAUUGAGGCUAGCUCAAGGUGUACAAGCCGUUAUUGGGGUUGGUGGAGAGUGGUUGAAUGACCUCUCAAAGACUGCAAACAGUUCAGCUGGAGUGCCAACUCAGUUGCAGCUUGGAUUAAUUUCCCCUCUUUAUUUACGAAAACUGUUUGAAAGGAUGGGAGCAACUUACAUAAAAUUAGGGCAGGUCGGUAUUGUUGAAGACAUAAAAGCAUCAAUGCUUGAAGAGGUCGACUUCCAAAAAGAAGCUAUUAAUAUAGAGACUUUCAGGAGAUAUUUAGAAACCAUGGGACUUGAGAGACAGGCCAAAGCUCCAAAAGUUUAUCAGCACUGUAGUACCAGGCGUGUGCUGACAAUGGAAAGACUCUAUGGAGUUCCUCUCACUGAUCUUGAUUCUAUAAAUUCACUUGUCCCUGACCCAGAGAUGACUCUUGUAACUGCGCUUAAUGUGUGGUUUGGAAGCUUAAUUGCAUGUGAGACUUUCCAUGCAGAUGUACAUGCUGGAAACUUGUGGUUGCUUCGUGAUGGUCGCAUUGGAUUUCUUGAUUUUGGAAUUGUUGGUCGGAUAUCUCCAAAGACAUGGGCAGCUAUAGAAAUAUUUUUGUCAUCAUUUGCAAGCGAAGAUUAUGAGGAGAUGGCUUCUGCAUUAAUUGAAAUGGGUGCUACGGAGCAAAAUGUUGAUGUUAAAGCCUUUGCAAGAGACCUUGAGAAGAUUUUUGCAACAAUACAGGACCUGGAUACAGAAAUUAUUGUUGCGACUUCUAGGGGACCAAAUUCACGAGCAGCUGUUGCUGCCAAUGUAGUAGUUGAUGAGAGGCAGAUGAAUGUCUUAUUUCUUGAUGUGGUCCGAGUAAGUGAAUCUUAUGGUCUGAGAUUUCCAAGGGAGUUUGCUCUGCUUCUGAAACAACUUCUUUACUUUGAUCGCUAUACUCGAUUGCUGGCUCCUAAUAUGAACAUGCUUCAGGACCAGAGGAUCACUAUCCUCUCUAACCGAAGGAUCGGAAAUAAUUAGCUGAUUGUUGCAAAUAUUUGUUGUCUUCUUCAUAAAAAAAGUAGAUUGUAUAGAAAAAUAAGGAAUGUAUAUGACAAUAAGUGUAUGUUUUAAAAAAUAUAUUUGAUUAGUCGAUCAUACCGUUGAA